AGCCAUCGCACAGCGAGAGAGAGAGAGAGACAGAGAGAGAGAGAGAGAAUGGCGAUGGAAGGAGAUAUCGACGAUCUCCCGAAGAACGACGCCAAUUACACGGCCCUAACGCCGCUCUGGUUCCUGGAACGUGCGGCUCUCGUUCAUCCCAACCGUAGAUCUGUCGUCCAUGGAUCCCAACAAUACACGUGGCAGCAGACCUACCAGCGAUGCCGCCGCUUCGCUUCCGCUCUCUGCAGACGUUCGAUCGGCCUCGGAAGCACGGUUGCUGUAAUAGCACCGAAUGUCCCAGCUAUUUUUGAAGCUCACUUUGCCGUUCCGAUGGCCGGAGCCGUGGUGAACUGCAUCAACAUUCGGCUAAAUGCACCAACCAUCUCUUUCCUUCUGGAGCACAGUUUAGCUUCUGUUGUCAUUGUGGACCAGGAUUUCUUUCAGUUAGCAGAGGAAGCUUUGAAGAUCAUAGCGGACAAAAAGAAGAGUGAUUACAAACCUCCAUUUCUGGUUGUCAUAGGUGAUGAAAGUUGCAAUCCUAGCACACUUAGAUAUGCUCUACAGAAGGGCGCCAUUGAAUAUGAGAUGUUCCUGGAAACAGGCGAUCCUGAGUUUGCUUGGAAACCACCAAAGGACGAGUGGCAAAGCAUUGCUUUGGGUUAUACUUCUGGGACGACAUCCAGUCCCAAGGGUGUGGUGCUGAGCCAUAGGGGGGCUUAUCUCAUGGCGCUUAGCGGACCUCUUAUAUGGGGAAUGACUGAAGGAGCCAUAUACCUGUGGACCCUACCCAUGUUCCACUGCAACGGUUGGUGUUACCCUUGGUCACUUGCGGCUAUCUGUGGGACAAGCAUAUGUCUCCGUCAGGUAACAGCCAAGGCUGUCUACUCGGCCAUAGCCCAUGAAGGUGUGACCCAUUUCUGUGCGGCUCCUAUAGUUCUCAAUUCCCUGGUCAAUGCCCCUCCGGACCAAACUAUCCUUCCCCUUCCACGCCUUGUACAUGUGAUGACAGCCGGCGCUGCACCUCCCCCUUCUGUGCUAGCUGCCAUGUCUGAGCACGGCUUCCGAGUCACUCACACCUAUGGCCUCUCUGAGACCUACGGUCCAGCUACCGUGUGUGCAUGGAAGCCGGAGUGGGAAUCCCUCCCCUCUGAAACCCAAGCCCGUCUUAGUGCCCGCCAAGGUGUCCGCUACAUUGGGCUGGAAGGCCUAGAAGUCAUCAACACAAAAACCUUGGCGCCUGUCCCCACUGAUGGCAAAACCAUAGGAGAAGUUGUCAUGCGUGGGAAUUUGGUAAUGAAGGGUUAUUUGAAGAACCCGAAAGCGAACCAAGAGGCCUUCGAGAAUGGAUGGUUUCAUUCGGGGGACCUUGGAGUCAAGCACCCAGACGGGUAUAUUGAAAUCAAGGACAGGGCAAAGGACAUAAUCAUUUCUGGGGGCGAGAACAUCAGUAGUGUCGAGGUGGAGAACAUGCUCUACUUGCACCCGGCGGUGAUGGAGGUAUCGGUGGUGGCCCGCCCAGAUGAACAAUGGGGGGAGUCGCCCUGUGCCUUUGUUACAUUGAAACCAGGCAUUGAUGCGUCGGAUGAGAGGCAGUUGGCUGAUGACAUCAUGAAGUUCUGCCGUGCAAAGAUGCCUGCCUAUUGGGUUCCCAAGUCUGUGGUGUUUGGGCCAUUGCCGAAGACGGCCACCGGAAAGAUUCAAAAGCAUUUGCUGAGGACAAAGGCUAAGGAGAUGGGACCUGUGAAGAGAAGUAGAAUGUAGGUUUUAAUGGGACCCGGUAUGAAGGAAAGGAAGGAUCGGAUGCUUCAUCUCCUUGCUGCUACUAUUUUCACAUUGAAAGGUUUGGAUUUCAAUAGUUUGAGUCUUCCUUCGGAUGCAAAGUGAAUUAAAUUGCAAUGUUCAGUUUAAUCAUGAUGGCAUGACAAAAACUAAGUUUUAGUCAUGUUUCUUCUAACUUCAACUCGAAAAGUAAUAUGAUUGCAAUUUGGAGUCCCCACCCUUGACACGAAUGCCAAGGGAAUGGAAAUUAAACUGUUGUAGUUGCAAUUCAAUUCAAUAGUGCAUCCAAACACACCCUAAAGGAGUCUUCAGCUUGUAGGUAGAUUUAUUAAGUUAUGAACUGCAUAAUUGUGUUUGCAUGUAUAAUGGAACUUUCAAAUGUUCUAGAGAAGAUUCAUUAUUCUACAUUUGAAAAUGUCUCUAGGGUAAAGGAUUGAUGUCGGUACUUUUGAACACUGAUCUUGGGUACAAAACUGGUUAAUUGAUCUAUAUAGGUUUUGUUGUUUGAUGAUUGUGUGGCCCACUUUCAUAGUGCUAGUUGUGACUGCAUCGCAUCUUGCUGCAUCAUUUUCCUAUAGCUGGUGUUAUGGUAUCUGUGAAAAUAUCAUAUGUCGGUCAAUGUUGGACAGCGAUUGAAGUGUGGCCCACUUCAUCCCCUCACUGCCCAAGGAGUAAUAGGCCAGCUUACUUUCAAUCAGUCCUAUUUUCAGUUUCAUGACAGUUCACCAGAAUUACAUUUACUGAUGGGUAUUGUACUCUAUAGAUACUAGUAGUUGAAAUAUCUAUUCAUUGGA